CCGAGGCCUGUUAGGUCCAGUAAGAGUAAAUUGAACAGAUACAGGUUAGAAGCAGUGGAAAAGUUAAUGAGUAAAUUAAAUGUUUAAAAGAACAAAAAUUAACAAUAUGUUCAGAAUAUUAUUCAAAUUAUGAUGUUCCCUGUUCACAUUUAAUCAGUAAAUCUUUUAAAGCACAGACGUCCAUAGUGAAGACAGUGUUGGACUUUGGCAGUGUUGGACUUUAGCUGAAGACAAAAGUCACCAAAAUACCUCCCUAAUAAAAAAGAGAACAAUGAGCCUUUCUCAGGUAUGAGUCACUCCCUUACCCUGCAUAUAUAUAACGCAGCGGUCAAGAAGAUCAUUCAAGGUCCUCUCUCCUGAGCUUGAUAAAGUACACAGCAGCACCAUUAAGAAAGGAACAGGUUCAAUCAUCAUGGCAGACACUAGUGACAGAGAAACGGAGAUUCAAAUCAAACACACUGUAGCCACAGUGCUGGGUUGCCUGGAGAAAGGGAUCGUCAUCGCCUCUGCCUUUAUCCCUCUGAUUGGCAUUAUCACCCCAAUAGUUGGUGCUGUGAAGAAAACACUGGUAGAAGAUAACAAAAUCAAGAUGCUGGAGAAGGAGUUCCAGCAGAUUCAUGACAAGUUGGAGAGCAUCUCUCAGCAGACCGAGCAGAUGCUGGACCAGAUCCAACUUUCAGAGAUUGAGAUAAACUAUGGUCAGGCAGAAAACAGCAUCAAGUUCCAGUACCAAGCUUUCCAGAACAUGAUGGACCACAUUAGGAAGGACCCUGAAGACAGUGAACAUUAUAGAGAGGAAUUUAAGAAAAUAUAUAGAAAUCAAAAGGGCUUAAAGAAUUUGAAUGUGUACUAUGAUGCCAUCAUGGAAGACCAGGGUCCUUUCGGGCAGCCACUACUGAAAUUUUAUCAAAAUAACUGCAAGAGGAACAAGAAGAUUAUGGAGGCUAGAUGUGCUCAUCUGUCCUACCUCUUCUACAUUGGCCUCAUUGCAGAGAUGGCCUACAAGGAAGUCAUUGAAGAUGAUCAGGAGAUGAUCAGGAAAGAAUGGGGCCAAAAGUUAAUCGAUAUUCAGACCAAGAUGCAAGAAGCCCUGGACGAGUGUAACGAGAAGGAGUGAUGCCAAUUUCUCCUUUUGUAUUGUUUCUGUGCUUUGUUAUUUGAACAGCACCUAAACCUUCACAAUUUAAGUAUUGUGAUCAGUGUAAUUGAUUAAAUUUAAAAUAAAAUAAAUUUCCUUUACCAACAAAA